UGGGAAGAGAGUAGAGGGUAUAAGGCGCCUGAGAAUGGGACCCGCAUAUGGGGCUGGAACAGCUCUUCUCGAAAAAGGUACGACUGGGACCCAUUUAGAGUUUCAGCCGCACUGGAUAAUGUCCAAACCAUUAAUAAAGUCGUAUACCCGAAGCCUCCGCCCAAAUCCGUGGUGCUCAAUUACAGACGAGUGCCAAAGGUUUCUGGGUUGAUGCAGUAGCUGAAGGGCCUUUCAGCGCGCCCUGUUCGCUGUUUGCCGAAAUUGCGAUUUUGAAUGUUCAAUAUCUUCUCUGAGCCUGGAAAUUCAAAUUCCGAUCAUUAAACGGCACAAUCCUGCAAAAUGGAGAGUCAAGCGACCUCGACCGAACCAUAUGUAUACACUGGGCCAUGGAUCAACUGGUCUCAUGGGCUCAUCCUCGGAUCCACCCUCACGCUCAAGGUCAGCCAUGGAGGACUUCUCACGGCCUUCCUCGCAUUGUUUGUUAGUAUGGCAGGUGGACAGGCAUGGAACAUUCUUGCGUAUAUUAUCCAUCAAUGCAGAGCUCGACAGCGCGAUCGGGAUGGUUACCAUCAUCAGCAGCAAGCAAUUCUUCGCAAUACUGGGACAGCAGGUGCGGCUGCUUAUGAAUUUGCCCGAAUGAUAUUUCCUUGGUGGCGACGCGCACGCUUUCCCGUUUGGCGAUCUCUUCCUUUGGCAUUCGCUGCUUUGUUGAACUUGGCUCUCUUUGCUGUCGCUGGUGUCUUUUCAUCUGAGGUGACAAAAUCCACUGGCAACGAAACUCUAAUACGAAGCCCCCACUGCGGUUUUGUGUUCUUGGAUUCGAACACAUCCUCCGAAGCUCAAAUCUUAGCAUUGCAGUCCAUUGCCUUGAAUGAGACCCUUGCGGCUGCCAACUACGCUCGCGCCUGCUACGGUUCGAAUCCAGAUCCACUGCAAUGCAAUCAAUUCACUCGGCGCGAGAUUUCCUGGAAGGAGAACGCUAACGCUUCCUGUCCCUUUGAAUCUGGCUUGUGUUUCUUUUCAGAUACCGCUGCCUAUCAGAUGGACACUGGCUUGAUUGAUUCCCACGACGUGCUUGGUGUAAACGCUCCCGAGUAUGACAGAGUAGAAUUCCGCAAAAGCACCACUUGCGCUCCGCUUCAUUUCAAAGAGUUCAACCGGGUUGAGAACGAUACAAAUUUUGGCGUUGCCGGGGACCAAUUCGAGCGGCUUUACAUGGGCCCCGUUAAUCAAGUCUCUAACUGGACGUUCCAAUACAAUCUCCAUGCUCCAUUAGAUGGUUUCGGAUAUGAACUCACUUCAAUGUUUUCAAAUGUGGGCGACAGUGCAGCUUCCUGGACCCCAGUACCGGAGCUAAACCGCACCGACGGAGACAUUUCAAUAUAUAUUCUCACACCCAAUUCCAUUUCGUACCAAAGCCCGGUAGAUGACCCGUUCUAUGCUGCGCACGAUGAGCGCUGGGAGGUGGUUGGGAAGCUGAAUUACACGUAUUACCUGACAGACUUUUACCUCCAUGUCAUCGGAUGCGUUGACCAGUACCAAUAUUGCAAUCCAACCAAUGGAGAAUGCACACCGUUGACAGGCUUGACGCCGGCGCAUGCCGCCAUUGAUAGGCUUGGAUUCAACGCUGCACAAUCCUCUGUUGCUUCACGUAUCGCUCUUACGGGUACCUAUAUUUCCACGUAUUAUUCGGUCAACCCGCUGGGCACGGCAGCUCUUCAGGCCACUGAAUCUCUAUACCAAAAGAGUCAAGGUCCACUACCGAACAACCAAUGGAUCAAUGAGGUUCAGAGCUGGUAUAACGCCAGCUUAGCAAAGCUUCAGCGCAUGACGGUCGAAUAUGCAUCUGGUCCUUCCUCCACGCUCCCAUUUGGCGCGUAUUUGCAACAAUACGACGACGAAAAUUCCCAAAGAAUGUGCAGGAACCAAAAGGCUCGCCAAAAUGGUGACUAUACGUCAUUCAGCGUGCUCGGCAUUGCAAUCAUCUUGGUUGUCGGGUCAAUUAUCAUUCUAACCAGCAUGUGCCUCGAGAUGAUCGUCGCAUGGAUCCAGGUCAGGUACGAAUUUGGUCUGCAUCGACAUCUCCAAUGGGUUCUCGAUGAGAAGCUUCAAUUGCAACGCAUGGCAUAUGAAGAAGCCGGUAUGGGCACCUGGUCAGGCGGCACCGACGUCGUUCCUGUGACGCAGAUGGGCGACGUCUUCGGUAUGCCGCCUGGCGUCGACCCCGCUCAUCCCCGGCUUGGACGGAACAGUCUUGGUCCCAGUGCCGUUUUCGAAAAUGAUGGCCUGCUGAAGGAUAAGACGGUCUCCCCGCACAUUACUGAAUUCUAGGUCAACAGUCUAGUCCUGCAGUGACUUGGACUGUAUGCCGACAUUCAUUUUCAAUACCAUGUUUAUUCUUAUUACCUUUUUUUUCUUCUUCUUUUUUUUGGGAUGUAGAUAUGAUUGGCUUGACGAGCCUUUGGGCUGUCAGUGUCUUCAUCGCCACCAAUAGAGCAAGACCUGCUAAGCGUUGGUAGUUUUGUUGCAUCUCAAGCGGCAUCAGAUAGGACGUUGGAUGAUUUACGAGUGAUGGAAAUUAGCUGUUUAUAUUUCUCGCUAUUUAUCAAUUCUCCUUCUCUUGAUAUUUUUCCAUGAAUGACAAUCGCACCCCAUUUCACUCUUGAAUCAAAUUACUCUUGAAACCUAUUAACUGCAUGUCAUUUAACCACCAUAGAUGCUCCUGAGAACAUUCGACAUAUACCUACCAU